AUGGAUCCUCAAGGGAUUCAUCAUCGGAGCACUGAGUGUGAGCUCGAUCAUGAAUGCGAUCAGGAAAUUCUAGAAGUGAUUCGAAAGGUCUACCAGCGAUUGAACAAGACUGGGGGUAGAAGAUAUAAGCUUGGUUAUAAAUCUGAUCAGGUGGUCCAGCAGACAGAUCAAAAGCAGAACAAUAGGAGUGAGUCGGUUCAUACUAGUAAGGAAGUGAUUCAGCAGGCAAAUCAAGAGCAGGACAAUAAGAGCGAAUCAGCCCAUACUAAUCAGGAAGUGAUAGAACAAACAAAUCAAAAACAGAACAAUAGAAGCGAGUCAGCUCAUACUGGUCGAAAGGUGAUAGAGCAAAUAAAUCAAGAGCAGAACAAUAGGAGCGAGUCGGCCCAUACUGGUCAGGAGGUGAUAGAGCAGACAAAUCAAGAGCAGGACAAUACAAGUGAGUCGGUUCAUGCUGGUCAGGAGGUGAUAGAGCAGACAAAUCAAGAGCAGGACAAUACGAGGAAGUCGGUUCAUUCACUCGAUAUAAUUGGGUCUCGGGAGAACAGUGGGAACGAAGGCAGUCAUGAAUCAAUUGUGAUGAAAAUUCAGGCGAUGAGUACGACUAGGCACUAUCGCGGGUACACUUUGCCUUCGAACUUUAGAGCGCUUGAUUUUGACUUUCGACAUCACAAAUGGAUAUGGAAUUUUCUUCAAGGGCGUAUAGUUACUGCCAUUGUUGCUGCCAUUGAUGACGCCGCAAUUAUUAUCGAUUUGCCCAUCGAGGAGCUUUUUCUUUCUCGCACAAGCACUCGCAUUCCCAAAAAGGCUGGCAUAAUUGAUACAUGGAGCAUGGACACUCGAGAAGUAGCCGGUGGUCCUUGCUUCUUCGCUCUUCAUGGUUCGAGGCCUGUGAAUGGUACAGCUACGUUUGUCUGCAUGGCGGGUCCAGAGUUUGAUGAACGUCUUGCUCGCUCGUCACAAUCCAUAGAAUAUAUGCAAGGAGAAAUCUCCAAGGUCGAGGCUCUCAUGAAUUUCGAUAUUGAUUUUUUCAUUGUUUCCGAAAGUUCACUGAGGCUCCUAAACUUUACUGAAACCCGGGACAAGAUACGAAGGCUCUGCCUGGUAGUACGCAAAGACAGCAAUAUCCUCAAAGACAGUAGCAACCGUUUAUCGCCGUUGACUAUGCGGCGCCUGAAUCGACUGGCAGCCCUAGAUCUUUUGAUGGUCUUCGUGACAAACUCCGAACAUGCUCGGCGUCCCACCUCUGAGGGAGAACUUGUACGCUACGCUCGAGGAAUUCAAAGUUAUGUAGAAAGAGAAAGCAACAUGCUUCAACGUGUCCACCCAGUUCAGGAGUUCUUUAGGAUAUUGAACUGUUUGGUAAUAGUAGUAGCGCUAACAAUUGCUUCCUUCUUGGUUUCGCUUUUUGAAUCAUUCAGUUUAACCUCCCUCUCCAAUCGUGAUGGACAGCACGAAAAGAAUUGAUACUAUUUUGAAUGGUAACAUUAUCUAAAAGCAGACCCAUCCCUUGUACCUGACUACAGCACAGUACCUUGCCUUCAUCUAGACCAGCGAUUAUUAGUAUAGCCACCCAAUACAUAUCAGCGAAUAGAACUCAUAAUACUCCUUUUCAUAUCCUAUUCCAAGUUUAAGAUACACUUUCCAAGUCCGCAUCUCAAAAUCUAGAAUUAAAUAGCCUUUGCAUUGAAUCUCCCACUGACAAGACAUACUCACAUUGAGAUGAUAUCUCGUAAAAAGCACCCUACUAACACCUAGGCAUAGUGCGAGAUAAGCUUCCUCAUAUACCGGGAUACAUAAGGUGACACCCGACGAUGAGUGCGUUCCCCACGCGAAACAAAUUUCCCAUCAAAACUUAAAUGUCGGUGUCCCCGCACGAAAGAAAUAUAUAUCGUAUUGCCAAACCACGAAAUUUUACACUGAAUGGCAAGCAGGGGGGUCUAUGCCCUUUCCAACCAACACAGGGCCAUAGCACACAGUAACAGGGCACUGAAACGAUGUUAACCCCCGCGCGCGGUGCCUGAACUCAUGUAACCAUUUAGAUCCUUUCUGCUCACCAAGGCUUCUGCAGAUUCGAAAGUAAUUGAGAACCUACGAUCUGAACUUUUCAGAUCAAAUCCAGUUAUGUUAAUAUAUAAAUACAUAUCUACUCUCUGCAAGUACUUAUUCUUCCCCAUCAUUAGA